UCCCACCAGUCACUGAUUUUUUGGGUUUAACGGGUUCUUCUGCAUACUUUUUGAUCGUUUUGCUUGGUGUCUUCACUGUACUCCCUUCCUGCCCAGUUUAGGUGAUCUACAGUUUAGGUGUUUAACAGUGUUAUCUAUUAGAUUUGAAAUUGUGGUGAGUUUUACUUUGAUCAUUCCUUUUACAACUGAAGAGGAAUCUUUAGAUAAAUUAUUCACUAUGACCUUUCCGAAUUUAAACACACUUUUCUCUAAUUUCUCUUCUGCAGAUUCUCGUGUUAUGCUAACAUCGAAGAAUGAUUUUGUAAAGGAAAUAAAUGAUAUGCUUAUUGCAAAGUUUCCAGGGAAAGCAACUACAUUUGUUGGCAUUGACGAAACUAUUGAGCCUAAUGAUCAAACUCUAUUUGAAGAUUUAUAACACAGCUUGAAUCCUGCUGGUUUACCCCCUUAUAAAUUAACUUUGAAAGAGAAUUGUCCUAUUAUAUUACUACGGAAUUUGAAUCCAUAUGAAGGUUUAUGUAAUGGUACACGAUUAAUAUGUUCAGAUAUUAAGACACAUAUAGUUAGUGCUAAGAUUGCGACAGGUGAUUUCAAAGAUACACAUGUAUUUAUUCCAAGAAUACCAUUAUUAUCAUCAGUGGAUGAAAGAUUACCGGUUGCAUUUAAACGAACACAGUUUCCAGUAAAAUUGUGCUAUGCUACGACGAUAAAUAAAGCACAAGGUCAAACACUAGACUUUGUUUGAAUUUACUUGCGAGAACCUGUUUUUUCACAUGGUCAGCUUUAUGUUGCUUUAUCAAGAGCAAAGACUUCGAGUUCUGUUAAAGUACUCAUUCGUUCAUAUACGCCGGCCAAUCGUGAUGACCGUUCAACAUAUAAUAUUGUUUAUGAUGAAAUCAUCCACAGAACAGCCUUGUAAGUCUUCUACCACCUCAAAUAGAAUAAUUAUUUUGCUCUAUUCUAUUGUUAGACUCAUAUAUAUUUCCAGUCUUUUUUUAUAUGCUUACAUUUAUUUACACAUAUUCUUUCGUUAUCUUUUAUUGAAUAGACAAUGAAGUCGGGAAUAAACUAUUACUUGUGUCGAGCUGCAGAACAAGGUCACUAAUAAGAAUUACCAUCGUACGAUGAUCUUAUCCGGUUAGCUACAUCAUAACUUUUUAUUUCAUGGACGAUAUUGCUACUGCUUAUUGAAGAUCAUAACAGUGGACCAUCUAACCAGUUUAUCAACUGCUAGCAAUAUAAGCUCCUGCCAGCAUUCAAUAACUCGUCCAUGGGUCAUGCAUUUCUGGCAACAAGAUUGAAGCAGGGUUACAUGUUUAGUUGAAAGAGAGGAAUAAGAUGAAGCUCGGAGGUUCAAGCAGGGAAUACAUGCUUAACUGGAUUCCCAUCAGCCGCGCAUACGAUUUGGAGUAUCCAUUUGUAGCUCCAUUAGCUGAUGCAGAACCAUUGGAAGAAACAGAAGAGAAAGAACAUCAGGAUGAAAGGGGCUUUGCUCUUCAGAAUGAGGAUAAUGAUUUGGUGCAGGGUCUAGAUUCAUCGUUAGCCAAUAUGUAUUUGUUGCCAUAUGUAAAAAGUUUGACUCCAUCAUCUCCGCUGAUGCCUGAAGAGAUGAAGUCGCCAUUUCACUUUAGUCAUGAGGAAGUAAACAUAAAUCUACCAGAGAAAAUGCAUGGAGAGAAUCAACUCAGUUUGCUGCAGCCUGCUUACGAACCUGACAAGGAAAACAACACUCCGCAGGCCCUUCUUGUCUCGACAGAAUCCCAAACAGAAAAUGCUGAUAGUAGUACCCCAGUAAGAUCUCAGCAUUUGGUCUAGAAGGGGAAAAUGUUCCAGUGUUCAGAUUCAAACUGGUAGAGAUAGAUCAAUUAUUGAAAAAGUUCACAUUGACACUGAAGUUUACUCAAUCAUGAGAAGAUUGCAAUGGAAUCCUCUUUCUAGUGGAAACAAGGAUGGAGAAGAUGCCUUCACUGUAUUUUCCUCCACUUGUUAUUAAUUUAAUUUACUGAACUGAUGAUAGAUGCUUCAAUAUGGCACAUGCCCAGUGCAUACAUAACCAUCUAAAGACUUAUAUACGGCAGCGUCUCACUUGAAUUCACUCUUGUUAGCAGAAAACUUCAACAUCUGCUUGAUGAUGACAUAGUUCCCCAGAUUCAAUUGAGAUACACCAACGCUGACAGGAGUAAACUCUGAUGUGUUCUUAAUUCAUGUAAUUAUUUGAAGUUAUUCCAUAUUGCAUGUGCUUUCGCAAUGUUGGUCAUACACAUAGUCUAAUCA